AUGUCUCUCAGUAGUCCGGUAACGACCAUGCGCCCACAGCUGCAUGGUAUGAAGGAACUUUGCAGGUUCCUUGGUGGGAAGAGGCCAAUUGAGAGAUUGCUUAUCGCUAACAACGGAUUGGCUGCAGUAAAGGGAAUCGACUCUGUUCGCUCCUGGUUAUACGUGCACACUGGCAAUACAGAGGCGGUGGAGUUUACUGUGAUGGCGACGCCGGAGGACCUUCACGCGAAUGCAGAGUUUAUUUCUCUCUCAGACAGACACGUUGCAGUCCCUGGAGGCCCCAACAGAAACAACUACGCCAACGUUGACAUCAUUAUGCAGACAGCCGUACAGAACUCCUGCAAUGCCAUCUACCCGGGCUGGGGUCAUGCCUCGGAGAAUCCGGCGUUGCCCCGCGAAUGUGUGAAAACUGGUGAGAGGGUUAUAUUUCUCGGCCCCUCUGCAAAAGCGAUGUUUGCUUUGGGCGACAAAAUUGCGUCGACCAUUGUGGCGCAGUCGAACGGCGUGCCAACAGUGCCCUGGAGUGGUGAUGAGAUCCUAUUACCACCGGGUGUGUUUGAGGUGGAUCCGUUGGUGUAUGAAAAAGCGUAUAUAAGUACUGCAGAGGAAUGUGAAGAACUGUGUGGCCGCCUUGGUUUCCCUGUCAUGAUUAAAGCCUCGGAGGGCGGUGGUGGCAAAGGUAUUCGCCGCUGUCUCCGCAAGGAGGAUGUGCGGGACAUGUUUUUUGCCGUCGCAGAAGAGGUAAAGGGCUGCCAUAUUUUCGUCAUGCGUAUGUUAGAGAACGUGCGGCAUCUCGAAGUUCAGUUGCUGGCAGAUGACUACGGCGACUGUAUUGCCGUGCACACACGUGACUGCUCGGUGCAGCGACGACACCAAAAGAUCAUUGAGGAGGGGCCUGUGUUUGGUGUGGAUGCCUCAAUUAUCAACGACAUGGAGGCAGCAGCCGUGCGUCUCGCCAAGGCUGUAAAAUACCGCGGUCUUGGUACGGUGGAGUACAUGUACGACAAAUCCACGCAGAAGUUUUUCUUCUUGGAGCUCAACCCGCGUAUACAGGUUGAACACCCCGUUUCAGAGCUUGUGUCUGGUGUGAACCUUCCGGCUGCGCUGCUGUGUGUUGGCAUGGGAGUUCCGCUUCACAGAAUCCCGGAGGUACGAACUUUCUUCGGAGAGCAACCGUACGAUACCUCGCCGAUAGAUUUCACCCGGCGCCGCUGUCUUGCGGCGAAAGGUCACACCAUCGCCGUACGCGUUACGGCAGAGGACACAGAUGAAGGCUUCCGUCCAACGUCGGGCCGUGUGGAAGAGAUUGCUUUCAAAAACAGCAAGGAAUGCUGGGGUUAUUUUUCCGUUGGUGCGGGUGGGGAGAUACACCAGUUUGCAGAUUCACAAUUUGGACACAUUUUUUCUUCUGCGGAAACGCGUGAGGAAGCGCGACGUGGGAUGGUGAUGGCCCUGCGUAACCUUGUUAUUCGUGGUGAAAUACAUACGUCCGUGUCAUACGUCUUGGGGCUUCUUGAGAGGCCCGAAUUUUGCAACUGUGACGUCAGUACGGAUUGGCUAGACCGCCUUAUAUCCGCGCGAAUUCUGCAGAGUGCGCAGCAUAACCAGCAAGAUGUAUACAUCGCUCUUACUGCAGCGUGCACACUGCGGAUGCUAUCGAAGCGAGAUGAAAACCACGGCAGGUACGUUUCAUUUCUCAGUGCGGGGCACGUUCCCACAACUGAAUUCUUGAGCAACUACGAAUCGGAGUCGUACGUCAAUAGAUCCACAAACUUUAACGUCACCAUGGGUCUAACAAGCCCAACCGAGAUAUCUAUUUCUCUUAACGGCAGUGUGAUCUCUGUUCCGUUUCGUAAGUUGAAGUCUGGUGCGCUGCAGCUCCGUGUGGGAGGAAAAACAGCAAUUGCGUACGCAGAGAAAGAACCAUCAAGUCUGCGCAUUUCUAUUGGUGGAAAGGAAACAACAUUCACAGGUGACAUUGAUCCGACUAAGUUGUUUGCUGCGGUUCCCGGUCGGUUUGUUCGGUACCUUGUGUGUGAUGGGGGUCAUGUGGAAGAAGGAACUAUUGUGGCAGAGGUGGAAGUGAUGAAGAUGAUUUUGCCACUGAGGGCGUCAACAGUGGGUGCGCUGCACCACAAAGUAGCCCCUGGUAGCACCAUUGCCUUGGGUACGCUGGUUGCGGAAAUAACCCCGGACGACCCAAGUAAGGUUGCACGACCGAGGGAAGCGACAGAGCCGUGGCCGCCAGAACUGCUUGAUGCUGCAGAUAAGGAAGACCAGAUGGAGCGCCUCGACAGCUUAGCCCGAGCGCGGCGUGGAGCAGAGGCGUUGUGGAAUAUGUUACGUGGGUAUCACUUUAGCGGUAUCCCACUGGACCGACGGCUUAAGUCGGCUUUCUCAGACCUUGGAGCGCUCAGCCUUUCCUCAGUGUCGCUCACUGCGCUUAACUUACCAUUUAUUUCGGAGAGGGUUGUCGGUUCUGACCACGCAACGCCGAACUAUAAACUCCGCGUCGUUUUGGAGACGCUCAUUUCCGAGUAUGUGGAGGUCGAGCGCUCAUUUGUGAGGUGCAACCGGCAGGAAGCUAUUCAUCAAGUGCGUGAAACUACAGGAGAUACGCGGAAGGUAUUUGAGAUUGACUUUGCUCAUAAUCAGCCCUCUCACCACGGUGUCAUUAAGGCCGUGCUGAAUACCUUGGAGAACAAUAUGGUACUGUUAAAGUCUCUCAUGCCCUCACUUUCCACCCUGGUAAAUUUGCGCUCCACUGGCGAUGGGACACUUCAGAUGCAAGCUCGUUACUUACUCCGACAGUGCAGUCUUCCUUCCUUCGUGGAGCGCAAGAUCGCCUUCACAAGGGAACUAGAGGAGGGUUCCAUGAUGGACCUCAUCCAGGGAAGCUAUGGUACUGAUUUGCUUUGCGCUACUAUGUUUGACCGGCAGGUGCCACACCUUAUACAGUUGUGCCUCGAGUUCCAUGUGCAGCGUGAGUACUUUGGUCAGAGUCGGAUCACGAACCUUGACGUCUGUACGAGGGAUGGAUGCUGGUAUUGCUAUUAUGAAUAUGAACCACUCGAAGAGCAUGACCCGCUGCUGGCUGGUGUACUUCACUGCCACGCCCCGGAUGCAACGGCCGGUAGUGCUGAGAACCAGGGUGCCGGUGUUGUUCUGAUGCUUCCCGACGUGAAGGUGCUUCAGAAAACGUGGGCGGAGACGCUCAACUUAAACUUGCAGCAGACGUCUCGGUGCCCUUCUGUGUGCACAGUCUUUGUUUCGGUCUGCAGGCAAUUUACGGAAGAGGAGGUCGCGCGUUUGUGCGAGGGUGCGCUGAGGGACAAUGCGGAAGCACUCAGGCAGCAUGUGAAGCUGGAGCGCGUCACAUUUAUUGUGCAUGGUGUUGACCGUGGCCCCCGUACAUUCACUUAUCGUAGUGCCCAUGACUGGCGCGAGGACACACUGAUCCGAAACGUGGCACCGCUCUCCGCACGCCGGUUAGAGCUGCAACGUCUUGAAAACUAUGAUGUGGUUAUGUACCCGACACCCUUCAAGGAGAUUCACGUGUUCCACGCCACACCCAAAAAGAAAAGUGUUUCAUUUCUUGAGCACCGCAUCUUUGCGCGCGCAUGCGUGACUCCCCGCGACUUGGGUGUUGCACCAUGGACAGUGAUGAAUGAAAUUGACGCAGGGCAUAUGUUUGACAUAUGCCUCGAUGCACUUGAUGUCAUACGUAGUGACAGCACUAUCAAGUACCCGAAGCACAAUCAUCUUUUCAUAAAAAUGGUUGAACUAACUUUUGACCUGAGCAGCUUGAGAAAGGUGUUGUCGCAGGUGGGAAAAUCGUACAAGUGGCGGACGAUGCAUCUUGGUGUGGCCGAAGUGGAGCUGUCCUUCCUUCUUCCCGUUUCCAGUGGAUACGUUCCGUUCCGUGUCAUCGUGUCAUCUUCUUCGGGGGCCAGCGCGGCUAUGCGCAUCUACCACGAGUGGAAUGAGGGUGGAAAGCCAUGCCUACGUCGAGCGCAGAACUCUGAGGACAUUCUCAUGAACUCUCUUUACACGUCGUCUGACAGCGUGCAGGAACAGGCAGCUGACGCGCAAAAGGUAGAGCCCCCUUCAGGGUGCCCUGCCGGCGCCGUCGGGGGUACUUUAACUCGUGCCCUGGCAAAACUAGAAGCGCUGCGGAGCCUGCUUCCUUCACGGGGUGAUGAAGGAGACGCGAUUGAUGACGGUGAAGAGUGCAUUCCAUUACAACCGUACCCAUUGUUGAAUGCAAAGCAGCUUAAACGGCUACAAGCCUGGAUGAUCCACACGGUGUACGUGCACGAUUGGCCAGAACUUCUUCAGUAUGCUUUGCGUGAAGAAUGGAAGCAGCAUGCACGUGGCCGCAGAUUUCCGCUCUCGCGUAUUCCCCCUUCUGUUCUUAAGGCCACAGAACUCUAUCUCGAUCCAGCGGACAAGAAGACCCUUCUUGAAGAAAAACCACAGGGUCACGUUCCAUGUGGAGUCAUCGUGUGGUUGGUUGACAUAAACCCGCCUUCAUAUUAUGACAGUGAAUCUAACAUUGCGGGAAGCCGUCGGUUUGUGAUGGUUGCCAAUGACAUUACUUUUCAGUCGGGUUCCUUUGCUGUGCCAGAGGACGAUGUCUUCUCCGCGGCCUCUGUUUUAGCCCGGCAGUUGCGCAUCCCGUUUGUGUAUAUUAGUGCAAACAGUGGUGCGCGUAUCGGCCUAAGCGCCGAGGUGAAGAAAAGGUUCCGUGUUGCCUUUAACGAUGCGGAGGAAGCGGAGUAUUUAUACCUCGUGCAAUCUGAUUACGAUGAACUGGUGAGCCGUGGCGUGCGGCUUGCGGUGGAGAAGUUGGAACCACGACAAGUGGAAGGUGACGAGGGGGGCGAAGUGAGGUAUGUCAUACGUGGUGUCGUUGGUGGGACAGAGGAGUACUUGGGUGUCGAAAACCUUCGUGGGUCGGGGCUCAUUGCUGGCCACAUGUCAAAGAACUACAGCAAUGUACCGACGAUCAGCAUUGUGACCGGCAGAAGUGUUGGAAUUGGCGCGUACCUCAACCGUAUCGGACGUCGAGUUAUUCAGACCGGUGAUGCCCCCCUCAUAUUGACAGGCGCGGCUGCACUCAACAGACUUCUCGGAAAGGAGGUGUACAGUGACAACAGUCAACUUGGCGGGCGGCAAGUGAUGGUUCCUAACGGUGUAACACACUGGUAUGCGAAGAACAACCGCCUGGCAGCUGAGACACUCCUGCGCUGGCUCGAUUAUGUCCCACCCGUCGUACAUCCACUGCGUUGUUCUCCACGUAUCCUUGCGCUGCGACAGCCAGAUCCUAUUGACCGAGACGUGACUUAUGAACCCAGUGGUGUGGAGUCUUACGACCCACGGGGGUUGGUCCGAGGUGUGGGUGACAAAUUGGGGCUGUUCGAUCGCGAUUCCUGGGUUGAGUCACUGGAAGGUUGGGCCAAGACCGUUGUUACGGGCCGAGCAACACUUGGUGGUAUUCCAUGCGGUAUUGUUCUCGUCGAAACGCGGCCAACGCGCAAAUGCAAACCAGCAGACCCCGCGGACCCAACGUCGUCAGAGGCCUUUGUCGCACAGGCAGGGCAGGUUUGGUUCCCGGAUUCAGCACGAAAGACGGCGGACGCGCUGGACGACUUCCACCGGGAGCGGCUGCCAUGUUUCAUCUUCGCGAACUGGCGAGGUUUUUCAGGUGGCAUGCGGGACAUGUUUGAAGAGGUGCUAAAGUUUGGCGCCUCCAUCGUUGACAACCUCCGCGUGUACAACUGCCCGGUAUUUAUUUACAUCCCACCGCGCGGUGAGCUACGCGGUGGAGCUUGGGUUGUUGUCGAUCCAUCCAUCAACCACUGUGGUGCAGUGGAGAUGUACUGUGAUGGUAGUGCCCGUGGCGGGGUACUCGAAGCUGCAGGUAUUGCAGAGAUCAAGUUCCGUGAGGCUGACGUACGGGAGCUGAUCCGACGAAACGAACCGCGGUUGAGGUCAUUAAGCCCUGACCACCGCCAUGCGGAAGAGAAUCGGCUGCUACCGCGUUACAACGACGUGGCGCUUCGAUUUGCGGACCUUCAUGACACACAUGUCCGCAUGGAAGCGACUGGCGUCGUGCGUGGGGUCAUUCCCUGGAAGGACAGUCGACGUCGCUUCUACGAAAAGCUCCAGAGGAAACUGAAGGAAUUGUCACUUGCGGCGACGCUGGUGGAGCGUCGGAUGGCAGGUGACCUCGCGGACGGUGUACGGUACCUCGAGCAAGCCUUCGCACAAAAGCACCCAGGAGUUUUGUGGGGAAGUGAUGAUGCCCUGCAGUUGCAGUGGCUGAUAGAGUAUGAAAGCGAGCUCAACGUUUCCACACACAACAUUGUGUCACCCACUUCAGCAUCCGCAGAAAUACUGGAAGCGCUCCGGCGUCAUGUGCCCUUACAUGGAGAACAAAACGAAGCAGGUGAAGGGUUGGAAGGGUGUUUUGAGGAGCUUUUCAAAGACGAAAGGAUGCGGCGUGCGGCCAUGCAGGCGCUGGAACGUACAACCGCGAAGUAA